AUGAAAGAAAAGGGCUGCCUCCACGAGCGAGAGAAUCGCGACGAGUCCGCCCUUAUAUCGUCGGAUAAUCUCCACGAACGAGUGAUAAUUCCGCCGCGUAUCGUCGCGAGUGGUUACGGCAAGCAAAUCAACGACACCAAAAGCGCUUACAAUCAAAUAUCUGAUCUAGUAAACAGUCAAUUUGCCGAUGACAACGCAGUGACUACCACUCCAGAUCCUUCAAAUAAUGGUACCACCGAGACGCCAAAAAUUACACGAGCGGAGUUCUUAAAAAUAUUAGAUCGUAAUCUUAAAGGACUGAGUCGUCUUCGGAAUUUAGAGUGGAGGGAAGCUAAGAAGGAUUCUGCAGCAAAUAUCAGAAUGUACAAGGAUGAAAUAUUUAGAGGGAAGAAAGCGAGAAGCACGAGAUAA